UCCACCUGAGAGUCGGACUCGGACUCGGACUCGGAGCCAGCCAGGCAUGAGGAUAUGGUGGCGCCGCCCGUACGCCUCCGCCGCCUUCCUCCGCCGCCACCGCAUCUAUGCAAUACAAAUCCAAAUCCUCGGAUCCAAUCUCAAAUCAUCCGCGAAACAAUUCUCUCGGCAACCUAGAUCGCCCGCAUCGCGUUCAAUUCCUCCCAGCAACCACCGCAAAGGAGAGCCUUGCUCCCAAGAACCACAGCAGAUCCGGCGAACGAGAUGCUCUGCCUCCCCUCCUCCUCCGCAUUCCGGCCGGCCGAUCCGGCGGCGCGUGGCGCCAUGGCUUCGCAGCAGCAGCGCCAGAGCUUUCCUCACGCCUCCACUGCAGCUCGAGGCAUGCUCAGCUUCUCCUCCGCCGCACCGUCCGGGCCGGCAGAUCCUGCGGCGCAGCAGCAGGACUUCCGCAUGCGGGAGUUCGACUACUUCGUCGUCGUCGACUUCGAGGCUACCUGUGAGAAGGAUUCGCGCAUCUACCCGCAGGAAAUCAUCGAAUUUCCUGCGGUCCUCGUCGACGCCGCCACCGGCGGCCUGGUCUCCUCGUUCCGCACCUAUGUGAAGCCGCGGCACCACCCGGUCCUCACCGCUUUCUGCUCCGAGCUGACGGGGAUUCAGCAAGAGCAGGUCGACGGCGGCGUGGAUCUUGCAACGGCGCUGGCCUUGCACGACAAGUGGCUGGCGGCGGCGGGCGUAUCCAAGAACCGUCUCGCCAUCGUCACCUGGGGUGAUUGGGACUGCCGGACGAUGCUGAAGUUCGAAUGCAAUUUCAAGAACAUCUCCAAGCCAUCGUAUUUCAACCAGUGGGUUAACCUCCGGAUCCCCUUCGAGACCGCGUUUGGCGCUGGGCGGCGCAACCUGCAAGAAGCUGUCCGGGAGGCGGGUCUGCAGUGGGAUGGCCGCCUCCACUGCGGGCUCGACGACGCCCGCAACACAGCGCGUCUCCUUGUCGAGCUGAUGCGGCGGGGAGUCCGUAUCUCCAUAACCGGCUCUCUGGUGCCACCGCCUCUGCCAGAGCCAGAGCCGGAGCUGGAGCCUGAGCCGGAACUCCAACCUCAGCGUUCCUAUCAGAGGCGGCGUGGUGACGAUGCCGGGACCAAUGCAAGGGCGAUUCUUUUUCACUUGUGGGAACUGGAUGCCGACAUGUCGUUUCUUCCACUGGGCAGCCUGAUUGCCGGCCGUCUGGACUCCGCAUCAUCAAUGACUAAGGACCUGGAAGGUUUUUCCUCGUGCUGGACACAACUGCAGCUGAGAGUUAGAGCAUAUUUGGUUUCUGCGCGGGGCCGACGGAAAAGGGCGCGAGAACUACAGAAAUGGCAUGAGGCUGGCCGAAAAGCGCACAAAGACAAGAGAAACGGCGCAACGGAGAUGAUCGCUGGAAGGGACGACCUGUUAUUCUCUUUGAUCUUUACCGAGAUGGAAGAAGAGGCUAACACAGAGUGCCAUGAUUCCAAUAUAGCUAUACUGCCUGGAUUGGUAGCUCAUGUUGGCAUGAAAUUUAGAAAUUCCGAUGAGGCUUGGGCAUUUUGGCUUAGCCAUGGCGGGCAGAAAGGAUUUGAGGACAGAAAAAGGUAUUCAAACAGUGAGAUGAGGACUACAAGAAGUCAUGGGGACGCUACCAGUACUUAGGAAAGGAAAUUCCAGAGCAAGUGCUAAGGCUCCUAUCAGCUGCCCAAGCAAUGGUGAGUAUGUAAGCCCUUUACUACUACUACACCAUCCACUUUAUAUUGCAAGUUCACCAUGUCUGUAAUUACUAAUUACAACUAUCUGGUAUUCAGAAUGGCACAUUGCAGCAGUGAGAAGUGGCCUUUUGUUGAGUCUUGCAUAGGUAGUAGAGUUAAUUUGCAUUAGUUUAGUUUGUUGGAUCUUAUGGUAAGGUAGACAUUUGCAUUAGUUAUUUGAGAUAGGUGCUGAGAUUUUGAGUUUCAUAGAACUGGUUAUUUGAGGAAGGUUUCAUCAGUCCCAAAUAAUAUAAGCAUCAAAUUCAGAGCCGCUUUGAGGUUUAGCAUGAUCGGUAUAUUCAAUGGUUCGCACUGGAAGUAUUUUGCUACCUGUUGGAUUGCUCAAUACUGCAUGUAUAUCAUGGUUAUUAGAGGGUUGCAUGGUUGUUACUCAAACUGAGACAGCAAAAGAAUAUCUUUUUUCCAUCUGUCAACAAGUUAAGUACGGACGACAUAUACUGAUUAAAUUGGAAUAUAGUAAAGGUUGAAGAAAUUGCUACCUCCUUCCUUUUGAUUUAACACACUGUACCGUUUUUUUUCAGCCUUAUGUUAACACAAGUUGGAUUAACUAGCUGGCUGCAAUGGGCUAAUUUACCCAGCUGAUCUAUCCAAUUAACUGAAAAACUGAUAACUUCCUCUUGCAUGUCGAGUUUAAAGUAUUAUUUUCCUGCUGCAAUGAUGAGUGAUAGUCUUUGCAUUCCAGUUCUUAGAAAGUUUGAUGUAAGAUUGCAUGCAGAAAAGACACACACUUCAUUUUUUUUAUCAUUGAUGGUCUAACACUGCAUGCUUGCUUUGAUUACCACAUCGACUGGUAGUGGCCAGUUGCCUGUUCGUUGCAGCAUUGCUGCAGGAUGGACGCCAGUGGCGUGGCCUGUUCACGUCCAGGUUUGCUUGCGUCCAUGGGAAAAAGGUAGGAAACCCCAACUGAUGUCUGCUUCCUUCUAAUUAUAUUAAUUAUUUUUGUUCCUUCCAAGCAUUGAAGUGUUCAAGUGAAAUUGCAAGUUAGAUGAAAAUUUAAGCUUAGUGGGACUUAGUUGUGAUGUUUCUUUAACAUCUGUGAUAAUAUGUAAUUGAAAUUUGAAUCAUCUAUGAUUGACAAGUAAUUGAUGGAACAAUUUAUAAGAGGGCGCUGCUGAUAGUGACAACAAUGAAUUCAUGUCUAGAGGAAAUGAAGAAUGACAUUCUUUUUUUUUUUGAGGGAAAUGCAGUAGGGGAAUCCCCUACUGUGGUAUUUUAUUUCAUAUAAAAUAAAUAAAUAAAAAAGGUACAGUAGCAUCCUGGAGUGCUAAAUCACAAAAAGGCCAAUUGAAGGAGAUAAGAGAGAGGUCAGAGAAAAAACUUUGCAGAAGGCUAUUCAGCCAGAUGGAUACAUUGUGACUAAAAGAAAAGGACUAAAUCCGUGCAAGUGAAUCUUUACAGUAUCCACAAAGCAAAUUUUCCAAUAUCUGAAUGAACCCUAAGUUCCUCUGAAGGUUUGUGCAUUUCUCUGUUUCCAAAUUUCCCAUGCUGAGAUAAUGAAGAUCUCCAUGAAAAAUUGGUGCUGACAUUUCAUCUUAGCUUUUUUUUUUUAAAUGUAGCAAAGAAUCUGAUAGAGUGAUCCGAUGAUGUACCAACAAAGUUCCAGCAUCUACUGCUGAAAGGACAUUCAAAGAACAGGUGAUAUGUGGUUUCCUCUAGAUUUAGGUUGCAUAGUACACAGUUAUAAUUGUCCCCAUCAAUCUUGUAGUUUCUUCUUCUGUGUAAGUUUCUGGAAUUCAGUCUAUCUUUGAAGAUUAGCCACAUGAAGAUUUUUAGCUUUUUGGUCACUUUAGCUUUCCAGGUUCAAUUGAAAGGAGUUGGAGGUGUAAUAGAUCUGAAUGAUAGCAGAUAAUACAUUCUUGAAGAGUAAUUUCCAUUCUCGCAACAGUAUUGCCAACUGUCUGUUUCAUUGCUUGACUGCUGUAUUUGUUCAACUUUGCUUUGCAAAAUUUGCAGUUCCUCCAAUGCCUGCUGGGAUAGUGGUAUAUGAAAGUGUGUCUGUGGAGUGCUAUCUGCCAGAAACUGAGCGAGAGAUACAUUUCAUUUUUUUUGCAAAGGAGAAUAAUCUUGGUAGUUGGUCCCUAAGAUAAGAUCCAUUCCAGGCAUCAUUCCACAUCAAUUUGCAGUUGUAUCAAUUUGGAGUGCUAUCUGUUUCAUUGCUUUGCUGCUUUAUUUGUUCAACUUUGCUUUGCAAAAUUUGCAGUUCCUCCAAUGCCUGCUGGGAUAGUGGUAUAUGAAAGUGUGUCUGGAGUGCUAUCUGCCAGAAACUGAGCGAGAGAUACAUUUCAUUUUUUUUGCAAAGGAGAAUAAUCUUGGUAGUUGGUCCCUAAGAUAAAAUCCAUUCCAGGCAUCAUUCCACAUCAAUGUUGCCAGUUGGACGCUUUGAUUUCCCUAUUGCGACCAUCUUUUAUCUAUGAUCUUUACUAGCAAUAUUAUUAGUGGGCUUAUUAGUUUGGUAAAAAUGGCCAGGUGAAUUGUUAUUUAGACAAUGUUGCGUUAAGACUAUAUAUUGUUAUGUUUGCGAUAAAGUACCAUACCCUUCCUGGCUAAUUUGGAACCUCUUUAUUUCUUUUCACAAAAUCAAGGAGCAUUAGUCACUAACGAUUAACCUACAUAUAUUAAUAUGAGAUGUUUGGUCAUAAUUGCGAGUGGGUUCUCUGCAUGGAGAAUCUGUAGUAAAUGAAAUUUCUGGAGCAGGCAUAGGUCACUGCUGAUAUCCAUGUGUUUUCUCUCUCUCAAUAUUCAUGUAUACCUUGGUUGCAGUGUCUGGAGGCUUUUUAACUUGGCUUAGGAGAUGAGGGAAAAUAAAUUUCUGUUUAUUUAUUUAGGACUGACAUGGUAAUGGUCUUUUUUGUAUAUGCACAACAAAUUCCAUACUAUCUCAGUUUUUUUUCCAAGGCUCUUUUCAUAAGCCUAAUUUUGAAGUACUCAUAUGGUGGUCAUUGAUGUUUUUUCUUUUCUGUUUAGAGCUUUUUUACAAUGCUUUUAAACUACCAAUGGUACUUGCAGCAAGGAGAGCAGAAGGAGAUGUUUGAGCAAUAGGAAAAUGAUAAGGAAGAUCUUGAGGUACUAUUAUCUUGGGACAACUUGUUAUAGAUUUCUUGGGAAAAAAAAUCUUGGGCUGACAAUUGCUUACAUUAGGGAAUACUGGUUUCGGAUUGAUUUUGUGCAAAAGGUUCUUGGUCUGUGAUGUUUAUUAGUCUUCAAUAUCCAGAUGGUUUUAGCAUUGUUUAUAUGAGUUCCAGAAUUAUCAUCUUCAGUUCAUUGUGACUGGGUUCGGUUGCCAUUGCACCGAUAUCUUGACCACCAAUAUUUAGCUUCCAGUGAUGCACUGAUGUGCCACCUGAAUGUCUGUACGAAUGUCUUCGCUACCUGAAAAAUAGCUGUGAUGAUUUAACAAUGCA